GUAUCGAUGUAUGACGGUUUGACUGCACAACUAAUGCGUCAAAUGACAUAUACGACUAUGCGAUUUCAUCUAUAUAGUGUCGGGAAGCAAUAUGUGAAUGAGCACGAAUUCUCGCAUAAAAUUUUCGUGGCGACCAUUGCGGGCGUGUUGGCUGGAAUUGUGGCAGUACCGUUCGAAGUUAUUAAUGCACGCAUGCAGAUCGAUAGGACACUCAGUGGAAAGCUUAGGCGAAACUAUAGGCAUGUCUUUCAUGGACUAUAUAGAGUUAUUCGGAUUGAGGGCUGGAAGGCGCUGUAUAAGGGCGGUUUUUACUCAUGUAUGCGUGCUGUUUUAAUCACAAUUGGGCAAAAUGCUACGUAUGAUCAGGCAAAGAUGAUGUUAUUGAAAUUUAGUUUUGACAAAAACAGCAAGAAGCUACAUUUGUUGAGUUCUUUAAUAGCGUCUUUAAUCUCUGCGCCGUUAUUGCAACCCAUUGACAUACUUAAAACGGUACAAAUGACCUCUCAUGUAGGCCAUCUCGAGACAACGCACGACAAAUUCAAAUAUAUAAUGCGAUUUGGAGUCCGAGGUUUGUUUCGAGGCCUUGGACCCAGUCUGUGUCGCCUGGUGCCAAGUACGAUAAUCGUUCUCUUUAUGUAUGAGCAGUUAAGAUUGAAAUUCGGCUAUUAUGCAGAUCAAUAGACAAUGAUAAAUCUAGAAUGUAGCCACCAUACGUAUAUGUAUACAAAGACAGAUCUACUACAGUCCUACAGUCAAAAGACAGUUUUACAGUAACAUUUGACUAACAAAAAUUAUAAUUACUUGUUUAUAAAGUAAGAUUUUCAGAAUCUUUCAAGCAUUAAAAGCUAGUUUGAGUUUCUUGAAAUAGAUUAGGUUACUACCGUCAAAGAUUACAUAUAUAGAUAAGAUGCUAGUAUAGCAAUAAGCACGAUGAUUAUAUUUUUUUGUGCUUUUGUAUAAAUUUCGGUAAUAUCAGUAGUCCUUGCAAUAGUUGUUUUUAUAUUACAAGUAGACCUAGUGGCAAUGACUAUUUUAAAUCAGAGUAACGAACACGAGACAGAAUUCUUGUUGCCCGAAAGAGACGAUCGCUCAAAACGCCGACCACGUUGGUGGUUUGGUGGCGCUGCUUCCACUGCAGUAGCUUGUGUGGUAGCGCCCAUCGAUUUGGUCACGACACAUAUGCAGACUCAAAACAAUAAAAAGGGCAUGUGGAAAACAGCACAGAAAGUCUUUAAACUAAGAGGAUUUAUUGGUUUCUAUGAUGGAUUUUCAGCGGCUGCCUUUCGACAGAUGACCUGCACUAGCUUACGCUUCACGAUCUAUGAACAGGGCAAGUAUUAUGAUGUGAAUAGGAAUAGCUUCGCAGUAACCGUUGCUUUGGCCAGUUUUGCCGGCGCUGUUAGUUCAAUUUUGGGCAUACCUAUGGACCUGGUUAAUGUGCGCAUGCAGAACGAUAUGAAACGUACGGCUGCCAAGAAACGCAACUAUAAGAAUUUUAUUGAUGCGCUCAUUCGCAUACGCAGAGAGGAGGGCUGGACGGGCUUGUAUAGUGGCGGUAUUGCAGCUGUGCUCAAGACGGCUGUGGGCACAAUUGGCCAAAUAGCAAUGUAUGAUCAGGUAAAACAUGCAAUGAGUCAACAUUUUCAAAUGACAGAUACCAUCUGCUUGCAUUUUGGUAGCUCGUUAGUUUCCAGUUUAAUAUCUGUGUGGAUCGCCCAUCCUUUUGACGUGCUGAAAACUCUAAUGAUGAACGCAGCGCCUGGUAAAUAUCCAAACAUAUUAUAUGCCGUAAAGCAUAUGAUGCGUUUCGGUUUCUGGGGUCCUUAUAGGGGUGUUGUACCGACCCUUGUACGCAAGCCACCAGCAACGAUAUUAUUGUUUUUGAUAUAUGAGCAGCUGCGCCUUAAUUUUGGUUUUUUACCCCAAAGUAAUUAAGAAUUAACCUAAUUCGUGUGUUUAUGUACAUGCACCACUCAAUUGUACGUUUAAAAUACCUCUCACCGUUUCAUUAAUCACAUAGCCCAUUGUCGAGAUAAACGCACUCCUUUCGUGAAUAAACACUAUCUGCAAAGUAUUUAAUGGCACGGGCAUGCGAGCAGCCGGCAGUCUGGCAGCUGGGC